UACAUUGAAUAUUCGCAAAUUUUCAUUUGACGUCUGCGGACUGCGAUAUCCUUUUAGAAAAUUGACACAUUUGUCAAGUUGAAUUUUCAUGGUGUAAACGAAAUUGGUAAAUAAAUUUUCCGCGAGUUUUAAACUAAAAUAAAACUUGUUGUUGAAAAGUGUUUAUCGUAAGAACAUUAUAUAUAGACAAUCAGUGUGGAAACAGCUGAUUUUGAUUAUGAUAAUAAUUACGAUGACAAGGACUUCGAAAAAGUGAAUUGGUGAAGUGAGUGUUUAAAGUGCAAGUGAAGUGUGAAGUGAACCCAGUGCAAUAUGGAUCCCGGAUACUUCGAUAUCGAGAGGAAACAGAAUCCACGUGAGAGGGCAAAUUGGAUCUCGAAAAUAUGUUUUUGGUACACACGACCGAUUUUUGUGAAAGGGCGGAAAGGACAGCUAAACAUAUCAGAUAUGUACAGAUGUACACCGGGUCAUCGAGCAGCGCCGCGGGGCGACGUUAUGGGCGAACAGUGGAAGAAAGAAUUAGGGAAACAAGACAAAGACAAGAAGCCUUCAUUACUAAGAACAAUAAUAAAUAUAUACGGAUUCAAGUUUUUGACAUUUAAUUUAGUGUUUUCAAUUAUUGACUGUGUUAUUAGGUUAUCAAUACCAUUGUGCCUUGAAGGUUUGAUAAAUUAUUUCUCACCUUCCCACGCGGGUAUGGACAAGUACCAUGCGUACCUGUACGCUGCAGGAGUCGUAGGACUCAUGUUAAUCAAUGCGGCGAUGAUGCAUCCCAUGUUACUGUUUCUGCUGGACAUGAGUAUGAAGAUACGGGUAGCUUGCUGCUCUCUCGUGUACAGGAAGCUGCUCCGACUGGACCUGAAUGCGGGCGGCAAAGCCUCCGAGGGGCUGGCGGGGCACGUGGUGAACCUGCUGACGACGGACGCGCAGCGCUUCGACAUGGCCAGCCUGUUCAUGGUGGACCUGGUGCGCACGCCCAUCGAGAGCGUCAUCAUCGUGUGGCUCAUGUACCGCCAGAUCGGCGUCGCCACGCUCAUCGGCGUCGCCUUCCUGCUCAUGUUCAUCCCGCUUCAAGGCUAUCUGGGCAAAGUGUCAAGCCGAUUCCGCCGGCAGACCGCCGUGCGCACCGACAACAGGAUACGGCUCAUGAAUGAGGUCAUUCAGAGCAUAGAGGCCAUCAAGAUGUACGCAUGGGAGAACGCCUUCGCCGGCAUCAUCGGCCACGCCAGAAGAAAAGAAAUGAACGUCAUCAAGAAAAUGUCAUGGCUGCGAGCGGUGAUGAUAUCGUGCGUCAAGCUCAACACGAAAGUAGCCAUCUUCCUCAGUAUUAUCUCGUUCAUCUCCUUCGGGAACGAUCUCACUGCCGCCAAAGUUUUCGUCAUCUUCUCGUAUUACGACAUUUUGAAAUAUUCCCUGGUGGACUUCUUGCCAUUGGCCAUAACAUUCACACUGGAAGCCUAUGUGAGCAUACAGAGGAUACAAGAGUUCCUGCUACUGAAGGAGGUCAACAACCAGGAUGGCGUCGACUUGGUUACAAUAGAUAAGGUUAAGACCCCCGGCGGGGUGAAUGGAGUUUUCGAGAAGAUUGGCAACGGUCAACAAGCAUACAUAAAGUCAGAAACAAAUCUGGAGCAGCUAAAGCCGACCGUGCUCGUCAGUUUCAAAGACUACACGGCGCACUGGCCCAGCGCGGACGAGGACUCUAAAGAGAAACUUGUCGCCUUGAGCGAUAUCAAUUUGAACAUAAAACCGGAAUCUCUAACGACCAUAGUGGGCACGGUGGGGUCGGGCAAGACGACGCUGCUGCAGGCGAUGCUGCGCGAGCUGGUGCCCAGCGCCGGCCAGCUGACGGUGCGCGGGGUGCUGGCCUACGCCGCGCAGGACCCCUGGCUAUUUGAGGCUUCAGUCCGACAAAACAUCCUGUUCGGCCAAGAGUUGGACCUGCGGAGGUACAAGCAAGUAAUCAAGUGCUGCCAGCUCAAGAGCGACCUCGACAUCUUGCCCCACGGAGACAAAACUGUUGUUGGGGAGAGAGGGACGUCUCUGUCAGGCGGACAGCGCGCGCGCAUAUCGCUGGCUCGCUGCGUGUACCAACACGCGGACGUGUAUCUGUUGGACGACCCGCUGGCGGCCGUCGAUGCGAAGGUGGCGCAAGCUAUCUACGAGGAGUGCAUCCGCGGCUUCCUGCGAGACAAAGCCACCGUGCUGGUGACGCACCACGUGCACUACGCCGCGCACGCGUCCAACGUUUGCGUCAUGCGCUCGGGCAAGAUAGUUGCCCAAGGCACGUACCACGAACUGAAGAACGGAGUGGCAGAGUUCGAGAAGUUGAUAGAGAUGGGAGUGAAGGGAGAGGAGGAGAAACAGAAACAGAAAACCGCUUACGAGAAACAGGACAGCCUUGUUGAGCACAGUCAUAAGCUUCGCUCGCAACGAUCUAUGUCGGAAGCCUCCCAACUUUCGUUCAAUAUGGAUUUGGACAACAACAAAGACCCGGCGUACGAAGGAGAGAGUCAGAAGGAGGGCUCCGUCGACUUCGGCGUGUACUUGAGCUACAUCCGCAGCGGCGGCGGCAAGUUCACCCUGAUACUGCUGUGCUCGCUGUUCAUGCUGGCGCAGAUAUUCUACUCCUCCACCGACAUUUGGCUGAAGGACUGGGUUAAUCUGGAAGAAGCGAACAGCGCUCAUCUGUCCGAGAGACGGAAUGCGUCCAGUAACGACACCCCGCCAUUGCUCUUCCAAGAGCUGCCCAUGAACCGUUUCCACCUGACGCGCGAGCAAUGCGUGUACAUCUACGCGGCGCUCAUCGUCAUCUGCAUGUUCUUCACGUGGAACAAGCUGCUGGUGUUCUACAACACCUGCAUCAAGGCCUCCACCGUCUUCCACGACACUAUGUUCAGAGGGGUGACGAACGCUCCGAUGUGGUUCUUCCACCACAACCCGUCAGGGCGGAUCCUCAACCGGUUCUCCAAAGAUAUGGGGCAGUUGGACACGUUACUGCCGGUUGCGCUCGUCGAUUGUCUCGGAUUCUUUCUAGAAGUGAUAGCGAUCCUCGUGGUGGUCUGCCUGGUGAACUGGUGGCUACUGCUGCCCACUGCGGUGGUGGCCUUCAUGCUGCAUCUGCUGCGGCUGCUCUUCUUGAGCACCAGUCGGGAACUGAAGCGAAUUGAGGCGAUUGCUCGCAGUCAGAGCCUCAACCACGCAGCGGCGACUGUGUCAGGACUGAGCACGAUCCGCUCGGCGCGCGAGCAGCAGCGCACGCUGGCGCAGGAGUUCGACAAGCUGCAGGACCUGCACAGCUCGGCGUGGAGCCUCGUGCUGAGCACCAACCGCGCGUUCGGCUUCUGGAUGGACAUGGUGUGCUGCCUGUACCUCGCCACCGUCACCUUCAGCUUCUUCCUCUUCGUCGGACAAGACUCAAUGGGUGGCAAUGUCGGUCUCGCCAUUACACAAGUCAUCGGUCUGGUUGGAAUGUGCCAAUUCGGCAUGCGACAAACCGCUGAAGUGGAGAACCAGAUGACUUCGGUGGAGAGAAUUUUGGAAUACACAAAUCUACCUCCCGAGAAACCCGUUGAGCCGGACAUGAAGGCGCUGAAAGCUGCACACCCUAAACUAGAUUUUGAAAGCUGGCCCAAUCAAGGUGAAAUAAUUUUCGAAGAUGUAUCCUUACAAUAUGAGAAGCAACCCAAAAAGGAGGAGCUGAAGUCUGAGUCCGGCAUCAACCUGGAGGAGCCCGCGUACGCCAUCCGCGGCGUGAACCUCGUCAUCCGGCCCGGGGAGAAGGUGGCGGUGGUGGGGCGGACCGGGGCGGGGAAGAGCUCGCUCAUUGCGGCUCUGUUCAGGCUCAGCAAGAUCUCGGGCAAGGUGACGGUGGACGGCGUGUGCGCGGAGCAGGCGGGGCUGCGGCGCUGGCGCGCGCGGCUGUGCGCGCUGCCGCAGCGGCCCGCGCUGUUCGCCGCCACGCUGCGCGACAACCUCGACCCCGAGCAGAAGUACAGCGACGCGCAGCUGCACGCCGCUCUACACGAGGUGGAACUGGACGAGCUGGUGAGCUCGCUGCCGGGCGGGCUGUCGUCCAAGGUGGGCGACGGCGGCGGCAACCUGUCCAGCGGCCAGCGCCAGCUGCUGUGCCUGGCGCGCGCGGCGUUGGCACGCAGAGCCGUGCUCAUCCUGGACGAGGCCACCGCCAACGUUGACACUGAGACGGACAAGCACAUCCAGACGACGAUCCGGACCAAGUUCGCGGAGUCCACCGUGCUCACCAUCGCGCACCGACUCAACACCGUCAUGGACUACGACAGAGUCAUCGUCAUGGACAAGGGUCGCGUGGUGGAGACGGGUCACCCAUUCGAGCUGCUGACUAUGACGGGCCAACAAACGAAGCCGGAGGCGCAGCCUAGGCGACCUAUACUUACCAAGACUCAGGCGCCUCUGGCUAUCCCGGAGAACUUCGCAUACGAGAGCGCGCCCGAGCGACUCGACGAGCCCGCGGAGACGCUCGUCGUGUCGCGCGACCGGAUCAGGACUUACUCUAACAGGUCGGAGGUGAGCGAGGCGGAGGGCGGCAUCUUCAAGUCUUUGGUGGAGCAGACGGGCCCCGGUACUGCGGCCAUGCUGCACCAGAUGGCGGAGGAGAGUUACAAGAAGUGGUUAGCGAAGAAAAAUUCCUAAACUGAAUUGAAGACAUCAAGAAGGGCGAUUUUAUGAAGUAGCCAAUUGUCAAUUAACCUACUUGCCUUGCGUACAACAAUUAUGCUUAAAAAACUUAACAGGUCGUACUUAGAAAAUAUACUUAAUAAAGGAUACUUAUUGUAGGAGAAAACAAUAUGUUCAAAUAUUUGCAUUUAAUCAAUUUUGUGAUUAAUGGUGAACUUUUUAGGGUGUCGAAUCGUAUGGCAUAUUUAUUUAUAUUACUGUUAGCGAGCUAUGAUUUAUCAUAUAAUAUGUAACUGUAAUAGACUAUUUUUACCUCACGUAUAGUAACGCAAAUUUUCUUAAUUCUAUUUCAAGGGAAAACGAACCGCCUUAAAAUUAUAAUCUACAUUUUUCCCUGAAAUGUGCAUUUAUAUAAUGAAUAUGUCAUCUAGAAUCAGUAGUUACUCAUUCAUACAGGUUGAAUACAUGGCUUCCUUUUUUGCUGCAGUCACUUAAUAAAAUCUAUGGUACAUUGUACUUAAUUAUGGUACAUGUUACUUGAAUAUAUAAAUAUAUUCAAGUAACGUGUUACAUAUGGAUAUAAUAUAACGAUAUAUAACUUUUAUAUUUGUUUAUAAUUUAUUACGACGCUUUUUUAUCGAGCAGUGUUGCAUUUUCAAUUUUGUGCUUUGGGAAUAGACCUUCAUUUAACUUCAUACUAUAUUUGAACGGUUUUUUGUUUCAUUUAAUAUUAUACUAUCAGUUUGUUAUUUUUAUAUAAAUUCAAACUCUUCAGUUAAAGAAAGUGAGAUGUUGAAGUAUGUAUAAUACUAUCGUUUCAUAUAUAAUUUUAUUGAUGACUAGCGGACCCGGUCAAGCUUCGUUUUGACAUAAGUGCACUUAUUCUCUAUCCCUACUCUACCCUUCUAUACCUCUACCCCUACCCUACCCCUUUCUGUAUAUAUAAUUAUUGAUAGUUCCGUUUUAUCAACGUGGUGCUAGAAGUGCUGUUUCGACAGCGUCAGUUCCUGCCUGGCCUUUAACUUGUUAUACCUCAACAGCUAUAACAUUUGUAAUAGCUUAUUGUGUAAUAUAAGGUGCUUUUUAACCAAAUACACUUGAAUAAUAUUUAUAUAACAUUACAUUCGAAAUUUGAAAACUGUGAUCCUGUUGUAAAAUUCUGAUAACCGUUAUCGCGAUAACGUCACUACUGCCAGUUUUAUAUCGGUUAUUUUAAAAACCGUUACUAAUUAUUGUUACAUAUAUUGUAGGUACAGCUUUGUAAUGAUUUAACAAUGUUGAAAAUAGUUAUUGUGAUAUUAUCUGUUUCGUGUCCGUGAUAUUCUGAUUGAAUUUUUGUGUCGAUUUAUUACACCAGUGAGAUUGAAUUGGAUACAUGAACAAAUGUUUUAACAUUACAAAUAAAAAAAGUGAUUUUACUUUAUUGGUGCUUUUUACAUUAUAAAUAAAUCUAAAUUGAUUCAAGUAUUGAAAUUAACCAAAUUACUUUUUACGUUAUAAUUAGAAUGGUUUCUUAAUUUGUCUAACAGACUAAACUUUUUCGAAUUUGUGUACAUGGCACAGCCAAAGGUCCUUACACAGUUCACUUCAGUCUUCAGUUUAUGUAUAUGUUAUAUUUGCUAACAUACAGUUAUACUCAGUCUGUCGUUUCGGUUCAAAAUAUCUUAUUCGCUUUUCAUAUAACAGAUUAUUACACCAUAAUCGAUUUGAAAAAUCUACAAGUCAAUAGAAGUUGAUUUUAGUGGCUUAGAAAAGUUGGAACGUGGCCACAUGAAGUUCUUAGUAAGAUAGAAAUCGGAUUGUAGACUUAUUAAAAUUAAAUUUCUUUAAUUUUGUCAUUCGAUAUUUAUUGAGUUGCGGACAUUAUUCGUUCGUAUGGGAACGUAUUCCUACCUAAUUAAAAUAUUUUAUUAAAUACAUAUAUUAUGUGUCUAAAAAUAAUUUAGAAUUUAAAAAUAGUGCUACGUUAAGAAUUUAUACCAGUAUUGUACUCCAAUUAAGAUUUUAUAUCCGAAUUUUAUUUAGUUAUUUAUGUCCUAAAAUAGGUAUUAGUUACCUACAUACUUAAUCGCAAUUCUAGAAGAAAAUAUUUGCAAAUGUAUGCCAUAUCGUUAAUUUUUUACAAUUUUAUUCAUUUAGAUAAUAUCUCAAACGUUUGUGAUCACAUAGCCAUAGAAGAUUAUUUUUAUAUGCUAAGUACUUACUUUGUUUAAUUUAAUAUCGAUGUACUUACUUUUAAUUGGCCCAGUGUUAUGUACUUGCAGUGGAACUCAAAGACGUUGCAGGGGCACCCCCAGGGGACCAUUCACCCGCUGAGUGUCGAAUACUCAAACACAUGGUUUAAAUUCGACACUCAGUGGGUGAACGAUCCCCUGAGGAGAUCCCCCACAUCAUCUAUGAACUCCAUUGUUACAAUGCCACAAACUUUUCUGACCCUGUGGUCAAAACUGGAAAUGGCGUCGCGAUUUUAUAAAACAUUCUAAAAGCGACAACUUCACCAGGCCAGAUAAGUUUGUUGUACUAUAAAUUAUGUGAAAACUAAAACAAGUGAUUGAUAAUUUAAUUACAGAAGUUAUCUUAGGUAUAAACAAUACAAACAUGAUCAAGUCUGAAUUUUCUAUCAAAUUCUUUAGUACCUGUACUUGUAGUGUAUCUGCAUUAUGCUUUUUGCAUUUAUUUUACAGAUGUGUAUUAUGGUAAUUGUAUUGUUUAAUCUGCAAAUGUCAUGUCAGAUAGCAUGGGUACGGUGACAGUCGCAUCUAUGACGUUCAUCAUACGUACUAUUAUCGUGAAUCGUGAAUAUCGGCAAUGUUUCAAGAGUGAAAGGAACUAUCACCCGCACCAUCCUACAUUAAGCGGACUGUACUUUUCCAUUGUGUUUCGCGUCACAAGCAACGUGUGAAAGUGUCGAAAUGCCAACCAUAGAUAUUGAUCAUCGAUAGAUUUGAACAUUGUAAUAAAAAAGGGGAUUUCAAUAACUGAUAUAUGUCUAUUAUUAUUAUGUAGGUACAAAGUACUGUGAAAGUUUGUUAUGAUUAUAUUUUUAUGACUCGAACAGCCUAUUUUAAUUUAUUCGUGACCUAUUGUGAUACGUUAUGUGAAAUAUUGAACAGAAAUAAAUAUUUUUUAUUCGU